CUAAAGUGCUGAGGGAGCCCACCGUAAGACUUAAGGAACGGGUCAAGCGCGAGCCCCUGGUUUGGCGACUUACGACGGAGUUUUGCGCUUUACCGCUCCUCGGAGUCUCUGUCUAUUUAAACGGUCCGCAAGCCACUGCCCUAACGAUAGUGAUGACAGCAUAAUUCCAGCCGAGAUCGACCUGGCUCAUCAAUGGCUAUGGAGGAUAGAAGCAGGACCAGAGUUCAGACGCUUUACGAUGCUUGUAACGAAGUGUUCUCUUCUCAUAAGGAGCAGCUCCCCACCUUCCAACAGAUUCACUGGCUCAAAACUCUCGUGGGAUCGAUGGAAGCAGUGGACGUCGGGAUUGACGAGUUCGGCCCGGGAUCUCCCCCGUCGAGCCCCAACCGGCCGAAGGAACUGAUAAGUUCGCAGGAGGUGUCGAAGAUAACGUACAUACACGUGCAUGAGUGCGAUGAUUUCUCUAUGGGCGUGUUUUGCUUCCCUGCCGGGGCGACGUUCCCGCUGCACGACCACCCGGGGAUGACGGUUCUGAGCAAACUGCUCUACGGAUCACUGUACGUGAAGGCUUAUGAUUGGGUUAAAGUAGAGGAAUCGAACGCGAGAAUGAUUGGAUUAGCGGGGACGGUGAUGGAUGGAGUGAUGAAGUCACCGUGCGAGACGUCGGUUCUCUUCCCAAGAAGCGGCGGCAACAUCCAUAGCUUCACCGCGUUGACGCCUUGUGCAAUCCUGGACGUGUUGUCCCCUCCUUACUCCGAAGAGCUAGGAAGGCCUUCCACUUACUUCCUCGAGUACCCUAUCCCUUCUCUUCCCGGGUACGUGGUGCUCGAGGAAAGAGACUUGCCGGAAGAUUUAGAAGUCGCCGGAGCGCCGUACCUUGGACCUCCGGUUGUCACAGUGGAGGACGAUCUUAGUUGACUGCUUCAGUAUAUGUACAUCACCAUCUUAAUGCAAAUUUGGUGUGCCUCUCCAUGUAGACACGUAAAUACUAAAUUCGUAGGGAACGAGCAGUUAUAUAUACUACUAGUGUUAGCUUGCUACA